ACCACGGCACAGACUCCCACUCUGUCUCUCUCUCCCUCACUCUCGCUCACUGUGAGCUACGGAGAAGUACAGUGGACUCCAUCGGUACCGGUACCGUUGUCAACCCGCCAGACGGAAAGGAAAGAGGACAAGGGAACAUGGCUGGUCUUCUGCGGGCGGCGGCUGUGGCUCUUGUUGCCCUGGUGAUUGGACUCUACCUGUUGCCCUCUCCCAUCGACCCCAAACCCAUCAGCUUUGAGGGCCCCCCUCCCCCGCUCGAGGGCCCCCUGGCCCCCAACACCAGACUCCAGCGAGGCCGACGCCUCUUCACAGGACAACUACACGGCCCAGAAUCCUUCACUGCCGACCAGGAGGGGAAUAUCUACACAGGGACGGUGGAUGGGAAACUAUGGCGUAUCCAUGGAGACACACUCACCUUCAUCACACAGAUGGGAGAGAACAUUCCAGAAUGUGGCAGUAGUACGGCCUAUGAGCCGGUGUGUGGGCGUCCUCACGGCGUGCGAUUGGACGGUUCAGGUCAGCUGAUCGUGGCCGAUUCCUACAUGGGCAUCUUCAGAGUGGAGCCAUCUAGUGGACACAAGACGCUACUGCUGUCUAGCCAACAAGGUUGUGAUGGCAUCCCGUUCGGUUUCCUGAAUGGUCUGGAACUCUCUAGAAAUGGAACCAUCUACUUCACAGACUCCAGCAGUCGAUGGGGACGCAGACACGUACGCUACGAGGUGAUUGAGACCAACCAUCUGGGUCGGCUGCUGGCGUUCGAUCCCCUCUCUGGUCGCGUGCAGACUCUACUGGACAACCUCUACAUGCCAAACGGUAUCGCACUGUCACCUGACGAGAGCUUUAUUAUGGUGGCAGAAACCAGCAUAGGACGCAUACUCAGGUACUGGCUGUCUGGUCCUGCGGCCGGCUCCAGCGAGCUCCUGCAGAGCAACAUGAUUGGUUACCCGGACAACAUCCGGCUCAGCUCCCGCGGCACAUACCUGGUGGGCAUCACCACGACCCGCUUCCCAGGGCGCCUCCUGCCCCCCUUUCUAGACAUGCUGGGACCCUAUCCUGCAGUUAAGAGGGCCAUGACCAAGCUGGUUCCUCUGAGCUGGUAUAACUCCCUGCUGCCCCGGUACGGCCUGGUUCUGGAGCUGGGUGCGGACGGCUCGGUUCUGGACAGCCUUCACGACCCCAACGGCAGUCUGACCUGGGCUGUCAGCGACGUCUUCCAGCACGCGGGCCGGACCUACCUGGGGAACACGGACCUGCCAUUCCUACCGGUUCUGGAACACUGGAGCUAA